CUGCAGAGCGCUGGUGGUUCUGGGAUUGGAUCGCCAAGCCAGGCCAUGGCGCUGCAGCCUCACCGACAGAACAAAAAACGUGGGCUUGAGAACCCCCGCAGCCUCCUGCGCCUGUCCAUGGAGAGCCUGCUGAGGGAGGAGGACCGGGUCAUCGCCGCUCUGGAACACUUUCCCCAAGAACUCUUCCCACAACUCUUCCUAGAGGCCUAUGCGCAGAAAUGCAGGGAGAUUGUGAAGGCCAUGGUGCGUUACUGGCCUUUCCAGUGUCUCCCUGUGGGGUGCCUCAUAGAAAACUUGAAUCUUCCGAAGACUUUCCGUGGUCUACGGGAUGUGUUGGACGGAAUUGAUAUUCUACUCUCUCGAAAGUUUCACUCCAGGAGGUGCAAACUGGAGGUGCUCGAUUUGCGUUACACUGCUCAGAAGUUCUGGACUCAGUGGUGUAAUAGAGAAGAAACUGAUCAAAGCACUUCGAGAGUGAAGAUUGAUGAAAGUUCCAGGAAGAUGCACCCAGCUGCGCCUCUGGAGGUGAUCUUAGAUUUGUUGCUCAUCAAUGGUGACACGGAUCAGUUGAGCUCCAUCAUUGUGAAGUGGGCAAGUGGGAGGAAAAAAAUCCACCUGUGUAUUCGGAAAAUGUACUUCGUGGACUCGCCCUUCCACAAUCACGACAUGGAUUUCAUUCAGCCUGGCUGUAUCCAGGAAGUGGAAGCAACGUUCGUGAAUAGGAAGCUCAGCUUCGAAACCUUCUCUCCUCUCGGCCAGAUGAAGCGGCUGCAGCGACUGUGUCUUAUCGUGAUGGGCCUCGAACACAUCUGCCCUGGGAAUCAGGCCCGGGAGCAGCUCGUCACUGAGCUCUCCUCUCAGCUGCUCAAGCUGCACGACCUGCAGGAGCUCUAUGUGGAUUCAUUUUUCUUCUUCAGAGGCCAUCUGGACAAAGUACUCGGGUCCCUGACACCCCAGUUGAAAGCCCUGACAAUCCUUCACUGUCCGCUUCUCGAACGAGACUUGACCCAUCUGUGCCAGUUCCGCAGCCUCCCCCAGCUGAGGGAGCUGAGUCUGAGAGGCACCGACCUGAGCGUGGUUGGGGAGUCCCUCCCAAAUAUGCUGGAGAGCUGUGCCUCCACCCUGCAGGACCUGGACUUAGGAAUAUGUAGGCUCCAGGACGUCCACCUGGAGGCCAUCCUGCCUGUGCUGAAACUCUGCUCCCAGCUCAAGAUCCUGAACCUCCACUGGAACGACGUGUCCAUGGCCUUCCUGGUCCAGAUGCUGCGCGACCUGGCCGGGCUGCCCCACUUAGUGAUGGAGCUGUAUCCGCCCCCUCAGGAGAGCUACCGGCCUAACGGCGGCGGCCUCCGGUACGCAGCCUUGGAGGUGGUUUGUGAAGAACUGUUGGAGGUUCUCAGGGACUUAGGGCAGCCCAGGUCCAUCAUGAUCGGCUGCGAUCUCUGUUCCUACUGUAGCACGAUUAUCUUCAACAGCGGCCAGCCCAUGUUAAGCCCCGCCUGCUGCAGAAGCGUUCAGAUUCGGAAGAUUUCACAUUGGAACUCUGAGGACAAGGGAGUGACUAUUUUGGGGUUUUAGGGAUCAGGUCUGUGGAUUCAGAGGUGGUCCGUGUGACAGUAAAAAUGAAUAGUGGGGACUGUUGAGUGAUUUAUAGUGGGCGUAUGAUGGGGGGCUUUGGAGACUUGUAGCUGCAAAAUCUGUAUUACCGAGACAUUUGCACCUGGGAUAUACCUGUACGUUCGUUGUUCAUAUAGACAGUGUUAAAGUUG